AUGAGAAGGACAGCACAGCUUUUCUACCUCAUUGCUUUCAUUUUUACUGGAUCUCACGCAUUCUUAUGGAAUCUUCUCGGCCUCGGCGGCGCAGGAGGUGGCGGAGGACUCGGAUCGCUGCUGUCAGGACUUAGUGGAGGACUUGGCGGCCUUUUGCCAGGAUUGGGCGGAAUGGGCGGAUUGGGCGGAUUGGGCGGAGGUGGUGGCCAGUGUGCUUGUCCUGGUGCAGGUGGUGCACCAGCGCCGAGUGCAUGUCCGGCACCGGCGCCGUGCCCCGCAGCUGCUCCCGCACCUGCUCCCGCACCUAUUUUUGCCCCACCUCCUCCUGCGCCUGCUCCAUCACCAGGUGGCUAUGCUCAGCCUGGCCUAGCAACAGCUCCAGAAGCUGGCCCAGCAUCAGGUGGAUAUGGUCCUAGCUACGUUCCGUCAGGAGGAGGACAGUAUGCGUCAGCAGGAAGGUGA